AUGACUGAUGUAGUCAAAGAGAUCGAUAUCCCAGUCUCUAGGAUUGAUAUCGCAUUCAUAGUUGAUGAUAUCAAAACCAACGUGAUCAUCAACCUAUCAACAAAGCCAUCAAGAUACAACACUAUCUUCUUUAACAACAACAUCGAUAGUGUAUCCAUCUUCUUCUUCUCUAUUUGUAUGUAUAAGUAUAACUCUGAUUGA